GGUCUCGUCAAUGGUUCCGGCUUGCGUUCGCGUUUGCGUUCUGAAUGACGUCGCAGAAGGGCGGAGAAGGGUGGUGUGUGCUCGUGCGUCAGACUGUCUUUGCUGGGGGUUCUUCUCAUAACCGUAGAGCUUUCGCGGUUUUGUGUGGGGCGUAGGACGGCCAGUUACCUUCCUGGCCGCUGGCAGGGAGCCGGAAGGGCUUCCUGCGACCCCGCACCUGCAGCGGAAGUGCAAGCCUUGAGUCAGAUCGCUGCCUUAUGUAACUAGUCUCUAAUCUCACGCGUGGGUACGUGUGGUGGAGGGAACGUGUCUGCCCAGAAGGGAAAGCGGGCCCAGUCGUGUUAAACUGUGGCCGUGCCCCAGUUCUAGCGGCUUCCACUCGCCUGUGUGUCUAAGGGCGAGGCGGUGGUUACUCCAAAUUCUUGCUUAUGCUGGUUUGAUCAGGCUGCUGUGAGAACUCUUUUUAGUGGGAGAAAGCGGGAGUUGGAAAGCUGACGUUUGGAGCCCAGAGCUCUGUGUCUGAAGGGCAGUUUGGGGAGAAAUGGUAACUUUUACCAGAGACUGACCCAGAUGCCUUAAGGUUCGAAUCCUAAAGUGUAAACUGCACCAGGUAAAAGUUAGAGUCGAAGCCAGAGGCAAUAUAAAUGUGGCUAGAAGACCAGUAGCACCGUUUCAGAAAACUUAAGUCUGCCAGAGAAAUGGGGUGCAGCACUGGUGACCCUGUCUUGAUAGUGUUAAUGAUCUCCCCCCUACCACAGUGUUCCUAGGCUCUUUCUUAAGUGUUGGAGCCUGGACUGUGACCCAGGGAUGGGAACCAUGGCUAGCUAAGGAGGCCGAGCUUCACUAACUUCCAGAUCUCAUGUCAACACCAAGCCCGCAGCUGCUGGUGGCAGCUGCUCGGCAGACCCUGGGUACCGGAAAGAGAAAGGGCCCACCUCGAGCUGUCUGUCUUCACCUAGCAGGAGAGGUGCUGGCCGUGGCUCGCGGGCUGAAGCCUGCUAUUCUCUAUGAUUGCAACUCUGCUGGAGUGUUGGCGCUCCAGAGCUAUCUGGAGGAGCUGCAGGGGCUGGGCUUCCUGACAUUGGGACUUCACAUUCUUGAGAUUGGAGAGAAUAAUCUCAUUGUCAGUCCUGAGCACGCCUGCCAGCAUCUGGAGCAGGUACUGCUUGGUACCACAGCCGUAGUGGAUGUUUCCUGCUCCCAGCCUCAUCCUUCUGUCUGUUCAUUGGACCAGCUCCAGGACUUGAAAUCUCUCAUAGCUGAGAUCAUCACACAUUUUCAAGGACUGCAGAAGGAUGUGUCUCUGGGAGUCUCCUCCAGCAAGCUGCCUUCCUCAUCUUGGAAUCUCUGCACUGUGUUUGGGAUACUCCUGGGCUAUCCUGUCUCUUACACAUUUCAUCUGGACCACGGAGAUGGCAACUGCUUAGCCAUGACCCCCUUGCGGGUGUUCACCGUCCAGAUUUCAUGGCUGCCUGCUCAGCCUCCACUUCUGCUCUACUCCUUCAGUGUUCCAGAGAGUUUGUUCCCAGCCCUGAGGAACUUUCUGAGCACCUGGGAGAAGGAGCUCAGAACCCGAUUUAGGACUCAGAAUGACUUUGGUGACCUCAGCAUUUCCUCUGAGAUAGUCACACUGCCUGCCGUGGCCCUCUGACUUAACUCAGCCCAUUGAGAAGGUUUCUCCUUCUGAGGAACUGGAGCUGCCGAGCUCUCUGAAGCUG